CUGUUACUUUCUGUUUCUAUAGUGCAGUAUGGCCUGAUGUCGCUGUUAAUGCAGGGCAACGCCAGAUUACUUUUACUUAACUUAAUCUGCGUUUAGCUUUUAGCAAACAUUGACGAUGAUCCAUGUGUUUAUCUUUCUCUUUUUGUUGGUGCCUUUACGCGCGGAUGAUCCUUCCCUUUUUAAUGUAGUUGAAGUGCCAGUGUUUGUGAAGGAGGGAGAUUCAGUCACUCUACACGCUAAUGAUACAUCAGACCAACAAGAGAUGAGACAUUUUCUAGCUAUUACAUGGAGUUUUAAUUACAAUCGCAUAGCUGAAAUUCAUCAAAAUUACCUUCACAAUGAAAAUCCCAGUAGUAUCUGUACAGAUGUUCAGUGUGAUGAUGGUGAUGAGAGAUUCAGAGACAGACUGAAGCUGGAUCAUCAGACCGGAUCUCUGACCAUCAAAGACUUCAGAACCACAGACUCUGGAUUGUAUUAUCUAGAUGUUAUCAGCUUUCACGACGUUGAGAAGAUCUUCACUUUUGCUGUUCAUGGUGUUUUUGGUGUUAGUUCAAAAGGAAUGUCAGUGUUUGUGAUGGAGGGAGAUUCAGUGACUCUAAACACUGACGUUGAAGCAAAGCAAACUGAAAAGAUUAGAUGGUAUUUUAAUGAAAAUAUCAUCACUGAAGUCAAUAGAGAUCUCAGUUAUAUCUGUAAAGAUGGUGAUGAGACAUUCAGAGACAGACUGAAGCUGGAUCAUCAGACUGGAUCUCUGACCAUCACAAACAUCAGAAACACAGACUCUGGACUCUAUUCACUAAGGAUCAGCCACGGCUUAUUUCAGAUAUUCAGUGUUGCUGUUCAUGAAGUCCCUGCUGCUGAACGAGAUCAAAUGAAGACAAAGUCAGUGAUGGAGGGAGAAUCUUUUUUUUUAAAUGCUGAUCCUGUGUUAAAAAACCCAAAUGGUCUGAUGACAUGGUAUGUUAAUGACACUUCUAUAGCUGAAAUCACUGAGGAUCAUAGUAGGAUUUGCACAGAUCAGUGUAAAGAUGGUGAUGAGAGAUUCAGAGACAGACUGAAGCUGAAUCAUCAGACUGGAUCUCUGACCAUCACAAACACAAGAACCACAGACACUGGAGUUUAUAAACUAAAGAUCAGCAGCAGCAGCAGCGGCGUCUGCAGGAUCAGCAUCAUUAGGAGCUUCAGUGUCACUGUCACUG